CGAUGCAGGUAUGGAGCUAUUGGUAUGCAGAUGGCGACUUCAGAGGUUGCCAGGAGACCCGCUGCUGCAUCCGCGCCUCUCCUGCGUUAUUUCCCCCAUAAUUGCGGGCUGCAGGCCUGCACACAUCAAUGGCGGGGUGAUGUGUUAUUCAACCGUCAGUGUGUCGCUUCUGUUGCUUGAAUGAAACCAUCUCCAGCCCCCCCCAAAAAAUAAAUAAAACAGCACUGCAGCUCCCUCCAUUCAAAGGCUGCAGGCAAGCUGCCUUAACUCGAUCCCACUUGUUGGUCCUUUAAGUGUCACAUCACUGUGGAUGUCAGACCUCCGUCCUUGUUUAGUCAUGAGAGACUUGAAGCAACUUCAUUACAAUUGGGGGCGCUGCUACACAUGAGGUUGUUAUUAGGAUGGAUGCCAAUUAGCAGCAUUUGUCAGCUGCAGAAGAGGCCUGGCAAUCAGCAUGUUGAAGUGUGAGCUUUUAAAAGCAACAUCGCACAAUUAACAGCUCCACAGAGGCCAAAGCACGUGCAGGUGCGCUGGCUUAAAAAAAGAAAAAAAGGCAAAUAUCAGAGGGGAAGAAAUCAACUAAUGGUUAUUUUCAUCUGUCAUAAAUCAUUUAGUCUAUAAUGGUUAGAAAAUAGUGAAAAUACUCAUCACGUUUUUGUUCAAUCAACAACCAAAACCCCAAAGAUCUUCAAUUUUCAAUGAUAAACAAAAGAAAAACAGGCCAUUUAUGAAGCUGGAACCAGUAAAUAAAUGACUUGAAUCAUUAAUCAGUUAUUAAAAUAUUAUAUUCUCAUCUGUUAACUCAUUCAUUGUCUAAUCUUCUCAGCAUUAAAACAUGAACCUGCAUCAGCAGAUGAACAGAGAUCACAAGUUUAAACCAAAUGGCAGCAAUAUGUGACCUACACAGCAGUGGUUCCCAACCUGGGGGUCAGGACCCAUCAACUGGGUCACAAGAUUAAUCUGAAGGGUCAUGAGACAAUUAAUCGAACAGGAAGAAAAUAUAUUGUUUUUGCUAAAUAUAAUUAAAUACGGCUUCUUCCCUCAGGCUGUGAGACAGACAUGAUGGCUUCAUCAUGCAAACUAGUAUUUUCUAUUUUAAUUUUGAUUAUUUAUUAAUACAUUUUUAUUUUAUUUAUAUAUAUAUAUUAAGUACCAUUAAGGGAACUAUAAUAUAAAUGUCAUUAUACAACAGUGUAUUCUAAAUAACAAUAAAAUAUCCUUGAAUAAUUAUACCUUUUGUGUGACUUUAAAAUAUAAUAAAUAAUAAUAUAUUCAAAUAAUUCUCUUUUUUUGAUCCAGAUGAGACAGUUUUACAGAUCAGUAAAGAACUCACUGACAUCUGUAACCUGAGAUGAAGGAUGCUGCUUUGUUUUCAGCAGGUUGUGAAGGGAACCAUCUGUAUAACGUGUGUAGGUGGUGACAAAUGCUGCUAAUUGAUCUAAUAUAUAAUUAACAUUUCCUACAGCACUUUUUUACUUGUUAUUUAAGUUCAGAGCACAAGCCGAUUUCCAUUAAUUGAGACUCAUUCUGUCGACAGGGUUUAAGCUGUCUCUGCUACUGAAACCUGCGUCUCAGAGGGGGAGCCGUGCAGCGCUCCUCAUGCUGAACAUGUGGUGUGUUUAUCAGUGUUGAGCAUGAGGGAUGUCUGCAGUGCUCACAGGUGUGUGUGUGUGUGUGUGUGUGUGUGUGUGUGUGUGUGUGUGUGUGUGUGUGUGUGUGUUUUUGCAGCUGAAGCUCACCUCUGAGGAGUGCUGAACGUCACCCGAGCUGUGAGAUCUGUUUGCACCUUCAUAACGCCGCCUCACAGUUUCCCCCUACCUGCCUGCGCGACACACAUUUCCUGUCGUUUUAUGACUUUAACAUAAGCCGUUAACCGCAGCCAGGAGCCUCUUCUUUUCUUAGCUGCUUUGGGAGCCAAUCUGCUUACGGCUAUCUGUCAAGUCAUGCACGUGCUCAGAGAACAUGUCUUCUGCUUGUUUGAAAGUCUCACCUGCCCUAAAAACAACACAUAUUCCAAACAGUUCCCAUGUACUGCAGGAACAGGUUCAGCUGACCCACCAGAUCUACCCAGAGUAGCCAUAUGUGUAUUUUGUUUGUUGGAUAUUGAAGUAGUUAAGUAUCACUGUCACUUUUCAUAGGGAUCAGCAGCUUUAGGGUGAGCAGGCCUGGCUGGAGCUGCUUAUGCACGCCAUAUGUUUGGCCGGUUGCAUGGAGACCAUCGACCCUCAGCCAUUCUAACCGGUUUUGCCGGCUUACCAUGGCUUUGGCAUCUGUGCAAUAAAUGUAGGGCAUAGCAGUCUGCCCAGUGGUUUAAACUAGUCAGCCCAAGCUGUGACUUUUAGUUGUGUUGCUUUGCUGCGCCGUGACACCAUCUCUGCAUGUCCACGAUGAGGCUGAAUUCCAGGAGUAGAGAGAGAAGGGAGAGACAAAGAGAGGAAGAGGUGAAAUUUGAGGAGUGUGAAAUGAUUCCAAAGUCAGGAAAAUCUCCAGCAGACUCAAGGAAAAGUGUCGGCAUCCAUGAGUUUGCAGCACUUGCCAGAUCCUCCUUAAAUGGUAUCUCUCAGGCAGUGAGGGACCAUGUGACGAAGCCCACUUCCCUGGCUCAGGGCCGGGUCGCCCACCUCAUUGAGUGGAAAGGUUGGCCCAAACCUGCAGACACACAGCCGGCCGCCCAUUCCCACUUCAGCUCCUACUGCCAUCUGACUGAAGGAGAGAAGGAGGCCCGGUUUGCUGCAGGAGUGGCUGAGCAGUUUGCCAUUGCUGAGGCUAAGCUGCGUGCCUGGGCGUCUAUGGACGAGGCCGAGGAGGAGGAAGACUCCAACGAUGAGGACUCCCACCCCAACGGACAGACACACACCUUCUCCAGCCAGACCUCAGACGCCGCCACAUCCAAUCCUAUCACAGGAGCGCCAUGCCAGUCUGAGGUUGAUGGCGGGGAGGCACCGCCCUCCGACAGUCCCCUCGGCUCCAGCAGCAGCAGCAGCAGCAGCAGCCUGCACUGUGGUGGGCGUUCGUCUAACAAUGACCCACAUUCAUCCCAGACCAAUUCACCUACUUUACCCAGCGACUGCAUGAGUCCCUUCCUGGAGGAGGAGGAGGAGGAGGAGGAGGAGGAGGAGGAGAGGUUGGAUGGUCACAAAGAGCAGGCAGCUCCUGUGCAGGAGGAGCACAGUGAGGUCUGCAUCCACCACAAGCCCGAGUGGAGGCCUCGGGCCAGGAGCAGCAGGUUCGACUCCUGCUACUCCACCUCUCACUCCGAGUCUCCCGGAGAGGAGGACGAGGAGGACGAGGAGGAGGAAGGCAGCGUGUUUCAUGAUGUCCGAGUGUGGCACUGCAGCCCGAGAAGCUUCUUCUCUGACCGCGCCUCCUCUGGAGUGGCGUCGUUCGAUGAAGAGGAGGAGAGGGAUGAAGUGGAGAAGAUGGAGGAGAAAGAGUUUUGAUGUGAUGUGUUGUCCAUCAUUAUGUCUCUUUGAGUCUGUGUUGAUUCUGGAUAUGACUUCAUCUUUUCUGCUUUCACUGUUAACACCUCUCCACCUCCUCCUCUUCUUCCUCCUCUUCUCCUUUCCUUCCUCUGAUCAUCUCCUCCCCACUCGCUGCCUUCUGUCUCUCAUCCUCCAGGCCUUUCAUGUACUGAUCUGGCUCCACUGUUUAUGGCUGCUGUAAACAGUAUAUACAGUAUAUAUUGGAGAGUUGAACCAGAAUGUAAAGCUGUUGUUCAAACUGAGUUUUGUACAUUUGUGUGAAGAGUCAUGUGUUGCUAUUGCAUUUGGUUUUCUAUGGAUAUUUUGUAGUGUUGUUUUUUCUGGGUCAUGCUGUGUCAUGUGGGUCGGGCUAUGUUUGAUACUGAAUGUCUGAAUGUCCUACAUAUAUAAAUAUAAGUUUUUUUGAAAGAA